ACAGCUGGCACCCCCAUUGUCCAUUCCCGAGACAGAGGAAUCUGUGAUCUAUGUAGGAAAGGCAUGUUCCUUCACUAGUCAAACCGGUAUUAGUCUCCAUUUUCCAGCUGCCAAGUGUCCAAAACCAGUCAAAGUGUCGGUCAAGGUUGUCAGUGGUGACUAUACCCUGCCACCAGAGUAUGAGGGUAUGCCACUAGUCAGCUCAAUGUUCAAAAUCACGGCAAGUGGUACACUUCCUGCUCCUAUUAGUGUAAGACUAGAGCACUGUGCUGUUGUCGACAGAGAAGAUUCUCUGGUACAUAUGGUGGCAGAGGACACUCACCCUUACUACUUUAAACAAUUGCCUGGUGGAAAAGUUUCCAAUUGGGGGAUCAUAUGGUGAAAUUAAGUUGGAAAAAUUCAGCACUUUUACAACCAUAUGCAGGAUUUUCGGUUUAUACAUAAAUUUGUCAGUUUUUUUGUUUUAUCACAAGGACAGCACUGCAACGUUUGUUGCAACUAAAAAUCUAAGAGAGUUGAAUGAAGCAGUCACAGAGAAAUUCUGUGAUGCUGUUGAAAAGUUAGAGCUUUCAAUGAUGUAUUACUGCUAUACAACUCGUGCAAUAACUCUUACCAUACCACCUGCUAAGGAUGGUGGAUGGAGUAUCGAACCAAAGAGUAAGCCUCCGAAAAUUGAAACUGAAUGUAUUCAAAAUUAUGAGAGAGGAAUGAUACCUCCAAGCAUCCAGCUCAAAAUGAAUUGGACUGGUAGAGGGCCUCCUGAAGAUGAAGAUAUUGAAAUAAAAUUAGGCGGGUGUUCAGUUGAAUCCUUUACAUUAUCCUGCAUGUCUCCAUAUAAAAGACAGUCACAGUCACUGACGCAGCAGUCACCUGCUAACUCCGAGGCAGAAAACUCAACUGAGUGGAUAAACCCUUGUGCAGAGCUUGCUCUUCAGAGAAGCAAUGAGAUAUUUGUUAGGGCCGUAGACCCAGAGAAUAUUGUACCAGUGCUCUAUAGCAAAAGGCUGCUUACCAAAGAGGAAAAUCAGAAGGCAGCACAACAGACCUCUACCGCUUCCCAGAGACUUAAAGAAAUUUUUGAAGCAAUGGAGAGGCGGGUUCAUGUCGACCCUCAAUGUUAUCACACUCUCUUACAGGCUCUCAGUGAAGAAUCAGCAACUAAAGGUGUCGCUAAACAAAUGAAAGACUUCUAUGAUGAUGAAUGCAGAAGACAGAACAUAAGCUGAAUGUAGGUUUAGUAAGUGCCAAUUAGUGUAUGAUUGCGAAUGCUAAGAGCAGCCAUCACGUUUCAUGUUCAGAUUUCACUUUUCACGUUUCGUGUUCACUUUUCACAAUUAUUUU